CCGCCCUCCGGCCGCCAGCGAGGACCAUGUACCAGAGCCUGGCCAUGGCUGCCAACCACGGGCCCCCGCCCGGGGCCUACGAGGCGGGCGGCCCGGGCGCCUUCAUGCCCGGCGCGGGCGCCGCGUCCUCGCCGGUCUACGUGCCCACGCCGCGCGUGCCCUCCGCGGUGCUCGGCCUGUCCUACCUCCAGGGCGGGGGCGCGGGCGCCGCAGCGGGGGCCGGCUCGGGCAGCGGCUCGGGGGCCGCAGCAGGCCCGGCGCCCGGCGCCCAGCAGGGCAGCCCGGGCUGGGGCCAGGCGGGCGCCGAGGGGGCCGCCUACACGCCACCGCCCGUGUCCCCGCGCUUCUCCUUCCCGGGCACCUCGGGCUCCCUGGCGGCCGCCGCAGCCGCAGCCGCCGCGCGCGAAGCCGCAGCCUACAGCAGUGGCGGCGGGGCGGCGGGCUCGGGGCUGGGCGCCCGCGAGCAAUACGGGCGCGCGGGCUUCGCCGGCUCCUACUCCGGCCCCUACCCCGCCUACAUGGCCGACGUGGGCGCGUCCUGGGCCGCGGCCGCCGCCGCCUCCGCCGGCCCCUUCGACGGCCCGGUGCUGCACAGCCUGCCUGGCCGGGCCAACCCCGCCGCGCGACACCCCAACCUAGCAGACAUGUUUGACGACUUCUCGGAAGGCAGGGAGUGUGUCAACUGCGGCGCCAUGUCCACCCCGCUGUGGAGGCGGGACGGGACGGGGCACUACCUGUGCAACGCCUGCGGCCUCUACCACAAGAUGAACGGCAUCAACCGGCCCCUCAUCAAGCCGCAGCGCCGGCUGUCCGCCUCCCGCCGAGUGGGCCUGUCCUGUGCCAACUGCCAGACCACCACGACCACGCUGUGGCGCCGCAACGCCGAGGGCGAGCCGGUGUGCAACGCCUGCGGCCUCUACAUGAAGCUGCACGGGGUUCCCAGGCCUCUUGCUAUGCGGAAAGAGGGGAUUCAGACACGGAAACGGAAGCCCAAGAACCUGAAUAAAGCGAAGACACCAGCAGGUCCUUCGGGCAGCGAGAGUCUUCCUCCCACCAGCAGCGCUUCCAGCAGCUCCAGCAAUGCCGCCAGCAGCAGCAGUGAGGAGAUGCGCCCCAUCAAGACAGAGCCCGGGCUGCCCUCUCACUAUGGCCACAGCAGCUCCAUGUCCCAGACAUUCGCGGUCAGCGCCGUGUCUGGCCAUGGGCCCUCCAUCCACCCGGUCCUCUCGGCCCUGAAGCUGUCCCCGCAAGGCUACACAUCUCCCGUCAGCCAGUCACCGCAGGCCAGCUCCAAGCAGGACUCUUGGAACAGCCUGGUCUUGGCUGACAGUCACGGGGACAUAAUCACUGCGUAAUCCUCCCCUCCUGAAGUUCCUGCACGGACCUGGGACCUGGGGGUCCCCCGGGGUCACCCUGCUACCUGGGAAUGACUCCAGAACAGCUGGGAAGAACUUGAAGUCAGUGACAGCUGGGGGAGGUGGACGCUGGACCUCCUCCCAGGCCUUCCCAGGAGGGAACAGGACAGAGACCUCGCCCUGACCCAGCAGAGGAGGAGCCCACCUCUUUCUCACUUCCGCCCUGAGCAGGACAGGACAUCCUCCGGCCCUGCCUCCCUCCGCUGGGCCCGGGAGUGGUUUCUCCACUGUGUCCGCAGCACUGGGCUCUGCCUGCUGUGCACGGGAUGUGACUGCCCUGCCCUUCCCAACACUCCCUGGGGGCACGCACAUCCCUGCACCCUUCAGCACCAGGCCCAACUCCACAACACUGGGUGCCACGCUGAUGAUACUGAGCACUUCCUGGGCUGUCAGCCACCGCGUGGGCUGGCACCAUCCAGGUGCUACUUGGCAGGGCCUUCCCCUCCCUCCUGCUCUUCACCCCAGGGCCUCUGACAUGAAAAUCCCCGCACAAACAAGAGCUCAGCAGUGUACCCCAGCAGCACCUCAGGUCUGUCCCCACCUCCUCUGUCCACCCGUCACACGUGGAGGGUUCUGGGGAAAAGCAAAGCGUUCUCCUGCUAAAGCAACUUCAGCGACUGCUCAUCUGUGCCUUGAUGUCCCUCUGGAGGGGCACCCACGGGGCACUGUCCUGCUCCGAGGACCCCUUCCUGCCUGCCUGCCUCCGAGCCUGCCAGGACCAUGGGCCUGGAUCCUUCUCCCAGAAGAAAUCUUCUGUCCUGGAGGCCAAGAGCUAGCGCAUUUGCAAGAUAAAUUCAAUGCAAGCAAAUAAAGCAAAACUCAUGGAAAGAAAGAGGCCGAGGGAACGUGUGGCUUGCACCCACCCUGGAAGUGGCCUUCACACCCCCUGUGCCAGGCUCAAGAAGACUUCCUCCUGGUCCCUGCCACCCACAGAGCUGUAGCUGACUGUGGCAUCACCGUGCCCUUCCCCAAAUGCCCGGCCCCACCCUGGAGCGUAACUCGCCGUAGCAGAGAAUACCUUUGAAGCAAGAUUCUGUUUUAAUCAUCAUUUACACUGUUUUCUCCCUAAAGGCCUCCCUCCCAUUCCUCCCUAACCCACAAACCUGUUAACAUUGUCUUAAGGUGAAAUGGCUGUAAAAUCAGUAUUUAACUAAUAAAUUUAUCUGUAUCCCUC